AUGUUCAUUUUUUUCAAGCUGCCUCCCAAUGCCCUUUUUUUUCAAGCUGCCUCCCAAUGUCCAUUUUUUCAAGCUGCCACCCAAUGUCCAUUUGUUCAAGUUGCCUCCCAAUGUCCAUUUGUUCAAGCUGCCUCCCAAUGUCCAUUUGUUCAAGUUGCCUCCCAAUGUCCAUUUGUUCAAGCUGCCUCCCAAUGUCCAUUUGUUCAAGCUGCCUCCCAAUGUCCAUUUGUUCAAGCUGCCUCCCAAUGUCCAUUUGUUCAAGCUGCCUCCGAAUGUUCAUUUGUUCAAGCUGCCUCCCAAUGUCCAUUUUUUCAAGCUGCCACCCAAUGUCCAUUUGUUCAAGCUGCCUCCCAAUGUCCAUUUUUUAAGCUGCCACCCAAUGUCCAUUUGUUCAAGCUGCCUCCCAAUGUCCAUUUGUUCAAGCUUCCUCCCAAUGUCCAUUUGUUCAAGCUGCCUCCCAAUGUCCAUUUUUUCAAGCUGCCACCCAAUGUCCAUUUGUUCAAGCUGCCUCCGAAUGUCCAUUUUUUCAAGCUGCCUCCCAAUGUCCAUUUGUUUAAGCUGCCUCCCAAUGUCCAUUUGUUCAAGCUGCCACCCAAUGUCCAUUUUUUUCAAGCUGCCUCCCAAUUUCAAGCUGCCUCCCAAUGUCCAUUUGUUCAAGCUGCCUCCCAAUGUCCAUUUGUUCAAGCUGCCUCCCAAUGUCCAUUUGUUCAAGCUGCCUCCCAAUGUCCAUUUGUUCAAGCUGCCUCCCAAUGUCCAUUUGUUCAAGCUGCCUCCGAAUGUCCAUUUGUUCAAGCUGCCUCCCAAUGUCCAUUUGUUCAAGCUGCCUCCCAAUGUCCAUUUGUUCAAGCUGCCUCCCAAUGUCCAUUUUUUCAAGCUGCCACCCAAUGUCCAUUUGUUCAAGCUGCCUCCCAAUGUCCAUUUGUUCAAGCUGCCUCCCAAUGUCCAUUUGUUCAAGCUGCCACCCAAUGUCCAUUUUGUUCAAGCUGCCUCCCAAUGCCCUUUUUUUUCAAGCUGCCUCCCAAUGUCCAUUUUUUCAAGCUGCCACCCAAUGUCUAUUUGUUCAAGCUGCCUCCCAAUGUCCAUUUGUUCAAGCUGCCUCCCAAUGUCCAUUUGUUCAAGCUGCCUCCCAAUGUCCAUUUGUUCAAGCUGCCUCCCAAUGUCCAUUUGUUCAAGCUGCCUCCCAAUGUCCAUUUGUUCAAGCUGCCUCCCAAUGUCCAUUUUUCAUUUUCUUAA